CGAUGCAGACAGUCGGAGCAGCAGCUACAGGUACAGCACCACGGUCCGAGCAGAAGAAACGUAACAGCACAUUGGAGGAGCAGAACACAGAACCUGAAUCAUGAGCUGGCUGUCUAAACUGAAAUCUCCGAAACCACCCGUGGCCCCAAAGCCUGUAUUUGAUCAGCCAUGGCGGUCAGUGACAUGGAGUGAGAGUAAUAGAAAGGAGAUGUUGAGGAAACUGAAGGGAUUUCAGCCAGGAACCACAGAAGUCCACGAGCUGAAGAUUCUGCUGCACGGCCCGGUCGGAGCAGGAAAGUCCAGCUUUAUUAACUCGGUCAACACCGUCCUCCAGGGACACAACACCUCCACUGCACUGGCAAAUUCAGCAGCUGGGAAAAGCUUCACUAAAGAGUUUAAUUAUCACAGACUGAAGAAAGACGGGCCUGGAUCUUUCUACCCAUUUGUCUUUAUUGAUAUCAUGGGUCUGGAAGCAGAGGUGUCGUCAGGAGUGCACAGUGAUGACAUCAUCAAAAUAUUACAGGGUCACGUGAAAGGUGGCUACUCUUUCAAUCCUUUUAAACCAAUUGCUAAAGAUAACACAAAGUACCUCAGUAACCCCAGUCUGAAGGACAAAGUCCACUGUCUGGUCACUGUGGUACCAGGGGACAGAAUCUCCCUCAUCCCUGAUGAAGUCAUCCAGAAGAUGAAAGCUGUUCGGGAAAAAGCACGUGAGUUAGGGAUUCCUCAGGUCAUCAUCAUGUCGCAUGUUGACAGAGCAUGUCUGCUAGUUAAGGAGAACCUGAAUAAGAUCUACACCAGCAGAAAAAUUAAAGAGAAGAUGGAAGAGUGCAGUUAUAAACUGGGAGUCCCCAUGAACUGCAUCUUUCCUGUGCUGAACUACCACGAACAGAUCACCAGUGAUAUGAACAUGGAUCUUCUGAUUCUCAUGGCGAUAACUGACAUCAUCCAGUUCACCAAUGAGUAUGUUGAAGACCAGGUUUAUAACACCAACCAGUAUGCUGAAGGCCAGGUUCACAAUGAAUGAUGUCCCUCAACAGAGUCUCCAGUGUCUUCAACAGAGAAGCAACAUGGAACUUAAUAGUUUUAAUUUUAUCCCAAAACAGCAACACAGACGUGUUAGAAACUAUUACAACAUCAGGUUUAAUCUUUUAACUUAACACUCAUCAUUUUUAAAUCUUCUCUUUGUUUUUUAUAUUCUAGGGUUUAUUAUGAUCACUUUAAGAUCAGUGAUUAGAGUAAUGUGGAGUCAGCUUGAAUCUAAUCAUCAUGAGCUUUUGUAGAACACAUGAAUGAGUGACUUAGGAACUAAUUAUAGUUUCUGAUUUUUGAUGGUGCUUUGGGGCUCAUGUUAUACUUCACUAUACUUCACUAUACUAUUAUAUAUAUAAUUCAUUUUACUUCACCAGGACUUUACUUAGUGCACUUUUCAGAACUGAACAGAAAUUCAAAUGCAAAUGCCAUCAGAACUUCACAGCUUCCUCUCAGUGACUCUACACCAGGGAUGUCCAAUCUUAUCCGCUAAGGGCCGGUGUGGGUGUGGGUUUUCAUUCCAACUGAACAGAAGCCACAUCUGAGUCCAUUGAAAGCCAAGAUCUACUGAUUAGCCAGUUGGAAUCAGGUGUAGCUUCUGCUUGGUUGGAAUGAAAACCUGCACCCACACCGGCCCUUUCUGGAUAAGAUUGGACACCCCUGCUCUACACCAUAUGUGGGAGUGAGCUAGAACUAAAAUGAAGCAAAAAGAGACCCUGAGUUCCUCUAGUGGCUGGCUGCAGUACAAUAUUUUUGAUCCUGCUUAUCACUACAUUAAUCAACAGGACAGUUCACAAAUUUAACCUUUAGCUGGUCAUGAAAUCUCCCUCAGUAUUUUUCCACAUUAUAAAUGUAUUAAUUUUGGACAGGACUGCAGUGGCGGCUUGUGCAAAAAUGGGGGGGGGGGCAAACUUUAAAUCACACUGUUAGUAAUGUAGGAAUGCAGGUGAUUCUGUAUCAUGAUAAAAUAUUGAAAAUGUUACUGUUAAAGCAUGCAAUAAAUCUUCUAUGAAUCAGUGAAUUUGAGCUCAAUGUGGGUUUAUUAUAAACAAUUGUGGGAGUAAUUUUUGAAUGGUUUAGAGUGUUUAAAGUGUAUUUGAAUGUUUUAGAGUGUUUAUGGUGUAUAUGAAUGCAUUCUUGUUUGGGUAUGUAUAAAACAAUUAGAAUCAGAGGACAGCAUGAUUGGGUUGUCAGGCACCACCUCAAUUUAUUGAUCACCUCUAUUUACAGGUUUAAUAAUGUAGGGUUUAACACAAACGUGCGGGAUGAGAGGUUUGGGUAUGCUUGUUAACUCUGGGCUGAGAUUGCAUAGUUUGUAUGGAAUGAGAAAACGGUGAGGGUAACAUCAGUUUGGUAGGCCUUUUCAGUGGUAGAUGAAACUCGGAGCUGUGCCCAGGGUCAUCGUGCCCCGCUAUAUGGCUGAGAGUGCGUGAGAGAAAAUGCAAUUAAAACUGCAGGCUAGUGAAAUGUAAGGAAAAUAGAGCAAUAAAUUAAACUCAAGGAAUCAAAGACGGAGCAGAGGCCCUGAAACUCAACCAAGCUGUCUUCAGAGGUCAGAGUGAACUACUAAAUGAAAAAGCCAGAAAGUGCCAGUGAUAAGAGCACAGAUGCCCAUUAUUUUUUAUAUAACUCAUCUCGAAAGUCCAAUUAUAAUGGAACGUGAGGGAGUUAAAAAUUAAAGAUAUAAUGGUGUCCAAAAGAACCCAAUAUUCCAAAUAAGAAAAUAGGUGUGACUUUUUCAGUGAA